AUGUCUGCCAUAUUCGAAGACAUGUUUGAUGUGAAGAACAUUGAUGAUGAGAAGUUCGACAGGGUCUCUCGGAUAAAGGCACAGUCGCACACUUACAAUGCAGAGAUUGAGGUAGAUAUCAACACUGAGAUCUAUCCCAUCGGCAGCAGUGACACGUUGCGGAUCGCUAUUGCCUCGGCCGCUGACGCCAAUGAGGGUUACCAGGGAGAGGCGGCGCAACCUGGUAUCAUUGAUGAUUACGAGUAUGCUAUGUACGGCAAG